AAUGGGGUGAUCACGUUCAAGGAAUUCAUCCGAGCCAUUUCAAUAACGACGAAAGGAAACAUCGACGAAAAACUUAACUGGGCCUUUAACCUAUACGAUCUGGACAAUGACGGCUUCGUGACGCGGUCCGAGAUGCUGGACAUCGUGACGGCCAUCUACGUACUGCACGGCAAGGCGGGACCCAGCGAGGCCGACGCCAGCGCUGACAAUCCAAGAAAGAGGGUCGACCAGCUUUUCGCCAAGCUCGACACCGACUCCGACGCCCGAAUCAGUCGCGAAGAGUUCUGCGAGGGCUUCAAGACGGACCCGUGGAUCCGCAGGGCACUGCUCAACGCCGUCUCCAUGCCCGACCAGCCACGCAGCCUGCGAAGCUUCUCGACCGCUUCCUCGGAAUGACCGGCACCCCGAAGGGGCUCGGUAGCGAGGCCACAGCAGCGGCCCGCUCUCGGACCUUUCGGAGCACCCACGUCCAGGCGACUGCCGUUGCCGCUGCUCGCGAGGACUUCGUCUCUCACUCCACGAUCGCAGCCGCGUGCGUGGACGAAACCGGACGUCGUCGAUCCCGGAACGAGCGGGGGUGGCCGCCGCAGCGAUGUCGUGCCUCGCUUCUCCGGCCGCUGCCGCUCGCGAAAGAUACAUCCGUACGGCAGCGGAUGUCCGAACCUUCCUGUUUCGUUUCGGUUUGAGUAAAGACUAGGGAUGUCGCUAACCUGUCAAGGUUCGAGUUUAACCAGGUUUGACUUUGUUGACCUCCUAACUCAAAGCUCGACAAAAUUUUGACUUAAGGUGAAUUGAUGUGCGCAUUUGGGGAAAUUAGAAGCGAGCGGAAACUGCUUGGCGGAUGAGAAAAAUAAUAUUUAGAGCAAGUAUUAUUUUUCUUUUCAAGCUAUCAAAGCGAUUAAUACAUUACAAAUACAAAUGUGUGUUAUUAUUUUAUGUAAACACAAGUAAAAAGUUUAUAAUCUAUAAAAUAUCCUAUUUUAUAAAUCAUUCGUUUACAAAAAUUUGAAAAUUAAACUUAAAAGUCGGGGAACACUGUUCUUAAGUCGAUCCUCGACGAACAUUGCUAGACGUUCGAUAGGUCGCCGGCCCAGUGGAACCUCAGGGUACACAAGAACUCACGCCAUCCCUAGUAGUGACGUUGAUGUGCCUAUGCAUCGGGUCCCGUGCUGUCGGUCCAUGUGCUCUCUCGCUCGGUCUCCCUGAAACGGGUUUAAGACGUAUUUAAUGGUUGUAACAUUUGCUCUGUAGAUGAAUGGAAUGACUGGCGGGUCGCAUACCUAUCUGAAUUUUCGAUAUGGGAACGUACUAAAAUGUGCAUACUUCACGUUACGCCUAUGAGCUGAUAAUAAGGUGUUUUUUUUUUUUAAAGAACGAACCGACACAAGGACAAUGUGAUAUUCCUGAGCUACAUUGUUCGUCUUUUAAACUUUAAUAACAGUCAGCUUUCAGUCACUUGCUUGAAAUGAAUUCAGAAUCUUUCAUUGCAGAGUCUUUCAAUUCUGUAAAUAAACUUAAUACUACUGCGGGUACUUAAAUCAAUGAAAUAAAAUAAAACGUUGUGAGCACAUGACAGCAUUUGGUCCGGAAUUUCGAAAUGAAUUUCUCCAGGCUUCUAUUUAUAAUGUGUGAUAUAUCAAAGUGAUUCCGACAUUUUCGACGUAUGGCUUACUUGUGCUUCCGUUGUAGGAUAGUUUAGUUACUGGUACCUAUAUAAAAACCUUCUGGCGGAAUUUUUCGUAGAGAGGGGCAGGAAAAGAAGGACAAUAUUGAGUUUUGACGCGACAAAUUAUACGCUUCCUCCUCUUUACAUUACUCAUAAACUGAAUAAAAGGUUAACAAUUCAAA